AUGAGCCUCGUCUUCUUCCUCCUCACCCUCUCUCUCUUCAUCUCCUCCUCCUCCUCUGCCUCACCUUAUCCCUACGGAGGACUCUCCUACCACAUAGACUGCGGUGGCCCCACCGACUCCGUCGACCCAUUCAACACCGCGUGGCUCUCCGACCGCUUCUUCACCGGCGGCGCCACCUCCGUCGUCUCCGAGCCCCUCCAGUUCCGCCACCCCCAGGAGAAGACCCUCCGCUACUUCCCCCUCUCCGCCGGCAAGAAGAAUUGCUACAUCAUCCCCAAUUUGCCCUCCGGCCGCUACUACAUCCGCACCUUCACCGUCUACGACAACUACGACGGCAAGUCCCACUCCCCCUCCUUCGACGUCUCCGUCGAGGGCACUGUGGUCUUUUCCUGGCGCUCCCCUUGGCCCGAGGACCUCGCCCGCACCGGCGCCUACUCCGAUCUCUUCGCAUUCGUCUCCGACUCCGAGGCCGAUGUCUGCUUCUACAGCAUUGCCACCGACCCUCCCGUCAUCGGAUCUCUCCAGCUCAUCCGGGUCGACCCCGCCUCCUACAACGCCGUUUCCAUCGGCCAAAACUACAUUCUCGUCAACUACGGCCGCUUCACCUGCGGCUCCGAUCAGUUCGGCCCCGGCUUCAGCAACGACACCGAUCUCUUCGGCCGCUCAUGGCAAAACGACAACGACGUCCGAUCCACCGACGACGAUUCCACGGUCCGAUCACUGUCCACAAGAAACACCAUCGCCAACACGGACCAGAGCCCUAACUAUUUCCCGAUGAAAUUGUACCAGACGGCGACGUUGGUCGACGGCAAAGGAGUGCUGGUGUACGAAUUGCAGGUGGACGCGAAGCUCGAUUACUUGUUGUGGUUCCAUUUCGCAGAGAUCGAUUCGAGCGUGACCAAGUCGGGGCAGAGAGUGUUCGAUAUACUCAUCAAUGGCAAGAAUGUGAAUCGAAUUGACAUAUUCAAGGAGGUCGGGAACUUCGCGGCUUAUUCGUGGAGUUACACUGUCAAGAAUUUGAGCAGCACGGUGCUGAGCGUGAAGCUUCAGAGUGUGGCGGGUGCGGCGUUGAUCAGUGGGCUUGAGAACUAUGCUCUGGUUCCGGCUGAUGUUGCGACGGUUCCAGAACAAGUGGUUGCUAUGAGAGCAUUGAAGGAUUCACUUCGCAUUCCUGAUAGAAUGGGGUGGAAUGGUGAUCCUUGUGCUCCUACGAAUUGGGAUGCUUGGGAGGGAGUUACAUGCCAUCUCAAUAAGAAUGAAACUGCCCUCGUCAUAUCUCGAAUUGAUCUUGGAAGUCAAGGCUUGAAAGGGUUUAUCAGUGACCAGAUUAGUCUCUUGUCAAACUUGGCAAGCCUGAACUUAAGCUCUAAUUCUUUGGGGGGCACUUUACCAUCUGGUCUAGGCCAAAAAUCUCUCAACAAGCUGGAUUUGUCAGACAAUCAAUUUUCCGGGUCUAUACCACAGAGUUUAGCCACUUCAGAUCUCCAGCUUGUGCUAAUGAAUAAUAACUUACUGGAAGGCCAAGUACCAGAGGAGUUGUAUUCGAUUGGUGUGCAUGGUGGAUCUAUUGAUCUCUACGGUAACAAAGGUUUAUGUGGGGUACCAUCUUUGCCUGAUUGCCCUCUAUUUUGGGAAAAUGGUGGCUUAUCUAAGAAGGGUAAAAUUGCAAUAGCCGUAUCAUGUGUUUUUGGUUUCUGUCUGCUGCUGUUGGUGUUAUACAUAAUCUGCAUCCGAAGGCGUAGGAAUGAUUAUGACUUUGGCCUACCUCAAGACUUAAUGUCACUUGCUGCUAAGAGAAACAGAUAUCAGAGACAGAAGUCCUUGAUGCUUCUUGAAAUGGAGAGCCAACAUGCCAAGGCAUUAACACCUUUUACUCCACAGUAA